AGUAGUCCGUUUGGUAUCUGAGCGUGUGUGUCUGGUUUAUUAAACUAGUAUUAAUUAUGUUUCUAGUAAAUGUUCGUGUUGUCCGACAUUGCGUAGGCUUUCAGUCGUUGAGGAGCCUCCAUGUCACGGCCGUGGGGUGUGGAGCACCGGUGUCCGCGUGUUGUGUCAGAGGAGCGGGUUUAAAGCAGCUGCACGGAGCCAGAAGGUCGUGGAUCAACAUUAAUAACAAGCAGAUGCAGUCCUGCUGUCCACCCACUCGCUGUCUGUCCACAUCGUCCCACUCUGAAGACGGGGACCUCAUUUACACAGGCAGCCUGGGGACUGCAGUACGCGGGGUGAAGUUCUUCUCCUACUCCACCAGCGGGGCCAGCCUCGUCCUGGUACCCCAGAUCCUAAUGAAGACCGGCCUGGGCGUCCAAAGCUUCGCUCUUCAGGCAGCUUUCUGCGGGGUCGUCGGCUUCUUCACCUUCCUCACCCCCGUCCUCCUCCACCUGUUCACCAAAGGCUACGUGGUCCGCCUGUACCACAACCCGGACCGGGACACCUACACCGCCGUCACCUACAACGUCUUCCUGGCCGAGAAACGGACCGUGUUCCACCAGAAGCAGGUCCGCAUCCCCCAGGUCACCAAGAUGUUCACCACCUUCUACGCCGAUAAGAUGGGACUGCUGGUGAACCCGGACCUGUUCUCCAUCCCCCAGGACUUCAACCACCUGAUGGGCUACGACAAACCCUUCAGCUUCCACACAGAGGUGGACCCGGCCGACAAGAGCUGAGACCCACCGCUGAAAACCACCUCAUCCUGAUGUGAACAGAACAGAUCCAGAUGUGGAACACUUAUGAAGAACUCUGAAACUAGACCAGAUGGACAGUUUAGGAUUAAUGUUAUAUGUUAAUAAAUAAAGAACUUUUGACAUACU